AUGGAGGGGGGGGGCGGGGGGGGGGGGGGGGGGGGGUGGGGGGGGGUAGGACAGGGUGGGAGGGGGGGGGGGGGGAGGGAAAAAGGGGGGCGUGGGAGGGGGGGGUGCGGGGCCGGGGGAGGUGAGAGAGGGGGGGGAGGAAGGGGAGCCGGGGGGUGCGGGUGGAGGGGGCAGGAGGGGGGGGGGUGGAGUAGGGUGGGGGGGAGGAGGAGGGGAGGGGGGGGGUUUAGGGGGGGUAGGGCUGGGGGGGUGGGGGGAAGGGGGAGGGAGCCGGGCGGGGGGGAGGGGUGGUGGGUGGGGGGUAGGGUCAGGUGGGGGUGGGAAGGGAGGGGGCUGGGGUGUCGGGGGACGUGGGGGAGAGGGGUGAGGGGGGUGGAGGAAUGGGAGGAGGGGGCAGAGGAACAGAGAACGGGGCGGGUUGGAUGGGGCGUGGGGGGGGGGGAAGGGGGGGGGCGAAGGGGGGGGGGGGGGGUGCGGGGGGGGGGGGGGGGAGGGGGGGUGGGGGGUGAGAUGUCGGUGCAGAGGGGUCGGGGGGCACGGCGGGGGGGUGGGGGCGGAGGAGGGGGCACUGCGGGAGGUGUGAGGGUGGGGGGGGGUGGGCAGGGGGAGGCGAGGGGGACGGGGCGGGACGGGUGUGGGGGGGAGAAAGCGGGGGGGAGGGGUGGGGUGGGUAGGGGAAGGGGGAGGGUUGGGUGGAAGGGAGGGGGGGGGGGGGGCGGGGGAGGAUGGGGGUGGGGGCGGGAUAGGGGGGAGGGUAGUUAG